CGUUAAGGAUGUUGGAUACGUGAUUCAGUAUCAUAAAGACACAACAGGAGUACGAAACGCACCCUUUACCCAUCACAAACGCGCUUAAUUGUGGAGCAGGUGGACAGGUGUAUCCUUCUUCCAUUACAACAGUCGGAGUUUGAUUUGUACCUCAUUCAGACUGAUGUCCAAUAAGAAAUGGCUACUGAUGUGUUUCCUGGCUCUAGGAACUGCUUUUCUGCUGUAUAUCACUUAUACACCUACGACAAGAAAAUGGGAAAAGGUGGUGGUGGUGGAGAAGGAACCAGGAAUGUACUCUGUUAUGGAAGUUCCCAAGAAGAACCCUGUUGAGGAAGGACAACAUAAUGACCCUGUUCAUAAUAAAACAGGAAAUAACCCUACUAAGGAUGUACCCAGUAAGAACCCUGAUGAGGAAGGACAACAUAAUGACCCUGUUCAUAAUAAAACAGGAAAUAACCCUACUAAGGAUGUACCCAGUAAGAACCCUGAUGAGGAAGGACAGCAUAAUGACCCUGUUCAUAAUAAAACAGGAAAUAACCCUAUUAAGGAUGUACCCAGUAAGAACCCUGAUGAGGAAGGACAGCAUAAUGACCCUGUUCAUAAUAAAACAGGAAAUAACCCUACUAAGGAUGUACCCAGUAAGAACCCUGAUGAGGAAGGACAGCAUAAUGACCCUGUUCAUAAUAAAACAGGAAAUAACCCUACUAAGGAUGUACCCAGUAAGAACCCUGAUGAGGAAGGACAGCAUAAUGACCCUGUUCAUAAUAAAACAGGAAAUAACCCUAUUAAGGAUGGACCCAGUAAGAACCCUGUUCAGAAAGAACCAGAACUGCACCCUGAUGAGGAAGGGCAAAGUAGGAACCCUGUUGAGGAAGAACCAGAUAUGUACCAUGUUGCUUACCCACGAAAAUACAAAUUCAUCCUUGACCAACCACAGAAGUGUCAACAGCAAAAUCCCUUUGUGGUUGUUAUUGUCCCUGUUCCUCCUCAGAGCGUUGAGGAACGCAAUGCUAUCAGGACAACAUGGGGUGGAGAAAAGAGUUUUGACAACAAAGUGGUGCUGGUUCUGUUUCUGCUGGGCUCACAUAGUGAAGCUGGUCAAGAGACAUUGCAGGACCAACUCCAGAAUGAAAGCCAGCAGUACCAAGACCUGAUACAGAGUAACUUCCAGGACUCCUAUAGGAACUUAACCAUCAAAACCAUGGUGAUGAUGGAAUGGCUGAGCAGGAAUUGUCCACAGGCAUCCUAUGCUGUUAAGGUGGAUGCAGAUGUGCUUCUUAAUAUAAAAAACUUAAUCAACAUGCUUGUGAGUUUAAACACAGUGCAAAACAACUACAUGAGCGGCCUGGUGUGGUUUGAAAGUCCUGUCAUGAGAGAUCCGUUCAACAAGUUUUACCUUCCCUAUGAUGUGUACCCUAAAGAAAAAUAUCCUCCAUAUCCUCUUGGCAUGUGUUACAUCUUUUCGAUGGACAUACCGCAUAAGUUGCUACAAGAAUCAAAGCAAAUUAAACCCAUAUAUAUUGAGGAUGCAUAUCUUGGCAUGUGCUUGGAGCGUUUGGGUAUUGUCCCUAGCAAACCGCCAAAUAUUGACCAGUUUGUGGUCAAGCCGCCGCAACAGUACAAUCGCUGUUACUAUUCCAGCCUUAUAGCCAUAAUGACAGAUAGCACAAAUCAACUUAUUACCUAUUGGACAGACAUACACUCAACCAGCACACCCUGUUGAGGUGGAAACCACUUGUAAAAGGACAUAUUGCAAUUUCAUGUUACUGACAAAUUAUCAAAAAUCUUUUGUUUUAGACUCAAAAAUAAUUAAAAAUUAGCUUACAAAUUCAAAUUCUUUAUUAUAAAAAGUUUUGUGCUUGUUAGCAGGUUGUGAUUUUGUUUGUUUUAUCCUUAGAAUACCAUACUCCAGCACAAUGACACAAGUAUUACAUGCAAAAAAACUAUUUGUAAAAUGUAUGACUUUUUAGAAAUGUUAGUCCAGUGUGAUGGGUCUCCCGCUUAACUAGUAGGGCUGGCCAGUGGUGGUGGCUGUGGCUUGGAGGCUCAUCACGUUAUUUUCUCACACUUGAUUUUGCUUUAUAAGUACUGGGUUCUUUUAGUGUGGAUGGGUCUUCUAGCAGGUUCUGUUUGGUUUUGGUGUUCAGUUUAUAUUCUGUUGUUUCUGUGAAUUGUGUUUUUUACCCAAUGGCUGGUCCUGGCAAAUAAGCGGGAGACCCGUCACAGCCAGAAACAUGCUUUUUGUAAGUACGUGAACCCAGAUGCAAACACUUGGCCAACUCAUUGACAGCCUGCCAUUGGGAGCAACUUGGGGUUCAGUGUCUACUUUGUAUUAAGACAAAUUUCCCUCUUGAAAGAAGAAUAAACACAAAACCAAAAGAGAAUGUAAAACACUGUUAGUUUGCUUCUUAACAUUGUGCAAACAAUAUAUGGUCAUUCUGCAACUACCACGCAAGUCAUAUCAUGUAAGUUAUAAUUGCCUACAUAAAAAUCUGGACUUAUAAUAAUGUAUAAUGGAGCAUCUUAUGCUUCUACACACGACUACAAAUAACACAGAAUGGCAGUGACAACUAGCUUGCUAGCGCCCUCAUCCACUUUUAUGAAUUUCUGGCUACUAACCACAAGCUACUUUCGGUCCAGGGUCUUUGUAGACCAGUGAUUAGAUGGACCAAUAACACAUCUACGUUUUUCACUUUUCUUUGUGCAAAGGGCAAAAUGGCAUGCUUACAUAUUUUAAUACAAUUUUAGGUGUUAAAACUAUAGAAUUAUAGUUCUAUCCAGGAAUAAACUGUAAUGUCUUUUGAUGUUUCUGCUUGGGGACUUGAUAUUGACUGUUUUGUUUGCAUAAUAAAUAAGGUAGGUCUGAGUAGGUGUUAGGAUAGUUUGGGGGCUUCAUUAACUAACAUCUCAAAGUAAUUAGUGUUAUAGUUAUGGUUCGAGUUCAGCUUAAUGUUAAAUAUGAAAUUUUAUGUUAUGAAAAGAUGUUAUUUUGUUAGUUACCCUGGGUGAGAUUAAUGUUACUUUGAGACAGGUGUGAUCCUGUGUAUAUCAGUGAUUCAUAUAAUGUGCAGUUGUGUUGUGUCAUAUCAUAUUUAAAACAGAGUAUUUGAAGACAUGCAAUGUUAUGAUCCUUAUCUUUUUUACCCAGUGAAAUCAAUAAUAUCUCCUUACUAUUAAUGAAGGUGCCAGAAGUACAUACUGUACAUUUCUGCCUGCUGAAAUUCAGUUGUGGUAUGGACCAGCAGUGUAUUAUCAGUAUAAGAGUCCAGUCUCAAACAGUGGAUUUGCAAUUGUAAUGUCACCAAAAUUAAUUAAAAAUUCACAUUGAGUCAACAUGUUCACAAGUCCCUGAGGUCCAAGUCAAGUCUCAAGACUUUCAAGGCCAAGUCUAAGUCAAGUCUAAAGUCUUUGGUUCCAAGUCAAGUCUUGGGUUUUAAUUUGGCAACAGUUCUUUAUCUGCAGCUGGUUAGUUUAAUAAAACCUGAAUAAGACUAAUUCAAUGGUGAAAUGUUAAAACUGACUACUUUAAGGGAUUGCCUUCUUUAUUUAUUUAAACUUGUCUAAUAAAUUACAUAAGGCUUAACUUUAAUCAUGGAUUUUAUUUUUAUUCAAGAAACAGGCAUCAAAAUAGGCAACAAAAAUGAGGCCCAUUUUGGUUUACCAAAUGGGUUAGAUUAGUGCAAUCACAAGCAAUCCCAUAUAGGCUGAUUACUUGGAUCCGAGAUAGUACACAAAAACGCACCAUUGAAUUUUUUUUUUUUAUUGUUGUUGUUUUGACACUUGGACUAAUGUGCAAUAGCUGGUAUAGCUAUUUCAAUCUAAAAAAGGCCAACACUCAAGCAAGUUUAUCCAAUAUGCUCUAUAAAAGGAUCAAGA